AUGGCUCAAAGAACAUUCACUAUCAAGGCAGCAGCGCGCCGAGCUCGCCACACCGCCGAGCCCCCCUCCCCCCCUCAACCCGGUCCUGAGGAGGCCGCGGCAACCGAGCACCGGGAUGCCUCUGGGACGUGUUUUCUCAUGGUUACGCCGGACGUCAACUGCGCACUCCAUGUGCUUUCCGACUUUCUGAGUACGUUUGCUCGCUGGUCCCAAGAGACGAAGCAAGCAGAGCUGACAGCGCUGGAACUAGCCAUGCUUCGUCCCAUUCUUCUGCUGUGGAAUGUCUAG